AUGGCCGCCAAAUCCCCCGUUGUCCUCAUCCUCGGCGCAGGUCCUAAUAUCGGCCAGGCCGUCACCCGCACCUUUGCCUCCAAGGGCUACAAGGUGGCCCUUGCCGCCCGCUCACUAAAGGAGGGCGACAGCACCGAGAGCCAGCUGAACAUCCCGAGCGACUUCUCCAAGACCGACGAUGUGGUCAAUGCCUUUACGAAAGUGAAGAAGGUGUUUGGCAUCCCCAGUGUCGUCAUCUACAAUGUCAGCGCCGUGCACUUCACCCCCGCCGACGACCCCUUCGCCCUCUCCUUUGCCGACUUCAGUGUCGACACGACCAUCAACAUCCACAGUGCCUUUAUCGCCGCGCAACAGGCCGUCUCGGGCUUUGCACAGCUUCCGGCAUCGGCCGCACGCACCUUUAUCUACACCGGCAAUGUCCUCAACGUCGCCACCCUCCCGAGAUUUCUCGCCCAGGGCGUCGGCAAGUCGGGCGCCGCUCACAUGAUCUGGGUGGCCUCGGCGGCGUACAAAGACCGUGGAUACAAAUUCUACUAUGCCGACGAACGGAAGGCGGACGGAUCGCCCAAAUACCGCGUCGACGGCGACUCACAUGCAAAUCUCUACUGGGAGCUGGCCCACGCCAAAACACAAGGCCCGUGGCUGCAGACAUUCGUCCAAGGUGUGGGAUAUAAGAGUUUCGACACCAUAUAUACGCCUCUCGCGUGA